AUGCAAUACUCACUCAUCUUCGCUGCCGCGUUAGCCGGUUCAGUUGCUGCCACACCAGCUUUCCAAAAGAGGACCUCCGAUUCAUGUGUCGACAAAUGCAAUUCCGCAUAUGAUGUGUGCCGAACAGCACCAGACGCAAAUCGCGCUGCUUGUGCUUCCGAGUACUCUGGAUGCCUUGGAUAUCUUCCAUUUGCAUCAAACGGUACUUUGAUCACCCCAACUGCUUGCUCCAGCAGCUCAGCCAGCGCUACCACUUCUGCAAUGGCCACCUCUACUUACUCUCCUUGCGACCAAGUUUACUAUGACUGUGUCGCAGCCAACAACAAAGGAGCAGCUGGCAGCCCAAACUUCGCUGUCUGCGCUGCUAGCAGUGCUGCAUGCGUUGCAACCGCUGGCCCAACCGGCGGUCCAACUGCAGUCGCACCAGUCUAUACCACCAAGGUUGUCACCUCGUUCACAACCUACUGCCCGGCCCCAACAACCUUGACCUACAACAGCAAAACCUACACUGUCACCUCCGCCACAACUCUCACGAUCACUGACUGCCCAUGCACAAUCACCACCCCAGUCGCAGCUCCAUUCCCAACUGAACCUGCUUCAAACGGAAGUAACGGUCCGUCCAACGGUGUUGUCCCAACGCUCGCAGCCGGUAGCAACGACACCAUGAUAACCUCGACUAUUCUUGCUACUUCCACUUCCACUAUCCUCUCUUGCGCACCAACUGUGACCAACUGCCCUGUUGGUUCCGUCACUGAUGUCGUGUAUACCACCACCACUAUUUGCCCGGCAACCGCUGUGUACCCACCGGCUCCUCCAGCCACUAGCGCUCCAGCUCCUUCCAACGGUCUUGUUGUCCCACCACCAGCUGGCGGUAACAGCGCUGUUCCAACAAACGCAGGAACAGCCACCCAAGGAGAAGCUGGAGGAAACGGCGCCGCGACUGGUACCGGGAUUGCUGUUGUCCCGGCUACUGGAACCAACCCAGCCGUCUACACUGGUGCUGCCCAGGCUGUCAAGCCAGCCAUGGCUAUGCUUGCUCUCGGUGCUGUCGCCUUCUUGUAA